GAGUCGCCCGCCUUUCCUCGUAUUUCCAUACUUAUUACUCCGAUCCAGACAGCCGCUGCCAGGCAAAUCACAGUUAAACGGAUCCUCUCGCCGGCGGAGGUAAUCGCUUACCAUGGAGGAUGAGCUGCGUGCGCUUCUUCGAGACCUCGAUGCGCUCAAGCAGCGUCCUGACCCUGCCUCCAUCGAUCGAAUGCGAGAUCGAGUGGCUGGUAUGUCGAGCCUUGCCAGCGCUGCGGCCGCCACCGGCCGAUCGAAGAUUAAGGACAUGAGCGCGGAGGUUGUAGAUAGCAACCCUUACAGCAGGCUUAUGGCGUUGCAGAGGAUGGGGAUUGUUGGCAACUACGAGCUCAUCCGCGACUACUCUGUCGCCAUUGUGGGUAUAGGUGGUGUUGGUAGUGUUGCUGCUGAGAUGCUUACUAGAUGUGGGAUUGGGCGCCUCUUGUUAUAUGACUAUGACACAGUUGAGUUGGCUAACAUGAAUAGGCUGUUCUUCCGCCCGGAUCAGGUUGGAAUGGCCAAAACUGAUGCCGCUGUGCAGACACUUUCUGAAAUAAAUCCCGAUGUUGUGUUGGAGAGCUAUUCGUUGAAUAUCACUACAGUCAAAGGAUUUGAAACGUUUUUAGGAAGUCUCAAAGCCAGGAGCUCUCAUGGGCGUAGCACUGGAGUUGAUCUUGUUUUGAGCUGUGUUGAUAACUAUGAAGCUCGUAUGGUUGUCAACCAGGCUUGCAAUGAGCUUUGCCAGACAUGGAUGGAAUCUGGUGUUUCUGAAGACGCUGUUUCUGGCCAUAUACAGCUACUGAUUCCUGGCGAAACUGCAUGCUUUGCAUGUGCUCCUCCAUUGGUUGUAGCAUCAGGAGUGGACGAGCGUACACUUAAGCGAGACGGUGUUUGUGCUGCCUCUUUGCCAACUACAAUGGGUGUUGUUGCUGGCCUCCUGGUCCAGAAUGCUCUGAAAUAUCUGUUGAAAUUUGGACAAGUUUCUCCUUACUUGGGAUAUAAUUCACUUAAGGAUUAUUUUCCAACAAUGGAAAUGAGACCAAAUCCACAAUGUUCAAAUCUAGCAUGUCUUGAGAGACAGAAAGAAUAUAUGCAAUCAAAACCUGCUAGAGAUGCAGCAGCAAAGGCUAAGAUAGAAGCUGAAGCAUCUGCAGCAAUCGAAUACCCGGUUCACAUAGACAAUGAGUGGAACAUUAGUGUUGUUGAUGAUAGUGACAUAGCGCUGUCAAGCAUUCUAAGGACUGCAACAGACAACCUUCCAGAAGGCCUUCUCCGCGAACUUCCACAUGAAGAUUUCUAUGUAGAGCCACCUACACCAGCUAGCUCUGGUGCUAUCGAUGAUGAUCUUGAGGAGCUUCAGCGGCAACUUGAUGUCUUGAACUCAUCUUGAACUCGGCGCAUAUCUCGCCCAACCUGUUGGCUUAUCCCAGUGUACAAAUAGGGCAUUGGAAAACCAAACCAGAUACUCCCAUUAUUUGCAUCCGUUCUAACAGAAUUAGCAAUUUAACUUGAUACAACUUAUAUACUCAUCCUAAUUGAGCAAAGUUAUGUUAAUUGUA